AUGUGGCAUGUCGCGAACUCCGUGAAUCUUCAACCUACAUCAGUGAUAUCAAGUCUAUUAUUUGAUUAUCGCAUUUCUGCAUCAGCAAUACAUUUUAUUGCUGAUGCUCAAGUGCUUGUGGAGAUUGACGGUUCGAGAUCAUGUCACGUGACUUCAGACGGCAGCGCCCAGUACUCGUCUGCAAAGCGGUCAAGCAGCUUCUCGAGCUUUCUCAUUGAUGCAUUGCGACGCAAAAUUCAUGGAAUACGGCAUUCAAUUAUCCGUUAG